AUGGGGUCGUACAGUACAUCAUCAUGUCGAGGUGCGACGUCAAGGAACGGGGCCAGCUCUAGCUCCACUGACAGCGACACUUCGGGCAGAUCGAAAAGCACGGUCCCUACGAUCUACAGUGACCGGCCCACUUCGAAAAGACAAGAGAGGAUGAAUCUCUACGACGAGGAAGACGACGACGAGGAUGAUGAUUAUGAUGAUGACGGAGGUGAGGAUGGGGAUGAUCUUAGAGACUCGACAUCAACCCUUGGCUCCAGUGAUCCUUCAAGCGAAGAAGCUGAAGAAACACCACAGUAUGAGGUAAUGGACCGAAAGCGUGACAGAUUCCGAGCAGAUGCAAUCCCAUCGAAUUCCUCCACGUUCGCAAAAUUAUUCCCUUCUUGUCGAAGACUGCUUAUUCGACAUGACGAUGCAACUCUCGAUGGGAACAUGAACCUAAGGGUGGACACCAUGGUUCCUCACCGAGCGGGCUACCAGCAAGAUGUAAUCCUGUUCCACCUGCGCAUGUAUGACUUGUUCACCAGGAAGUUCUCCUUCCGUCGGUAUUCUCGGGAUUCAGGGCGAGAGGUCUGCCAUUCGCAGAGAAGGCCUGUAUUAUCGAACUUUGACAAACACCCAAUAUUCCAAAGUUCGUGGUCUAGCGUGUUGGCCAGCUUGCGACCAGGAUCCAAUGGUCAUGGGUCCCUCUCAGGCCCACUACACAAACGACAAGGCUCGGGGUACAAAGCAGUUAAGGGCCAGGCUGAAUUCUUUGCGGAUGGUGUGCUUGGCGACAAGGGGGCAAUUUAUCGACCGACUGCCCUGGCCGAGAGCAUAGUGCUCGAGUUUUCCAACUACGCCCAUGUAGAGCUCAAGCGUCGGGGUACCGGGAUGACGAAGCGAUACGAGUAUGAGUACUGGGCUACCAAAUACCAAUGGAGACGGGAGUGGCGGAAAGAGGGCGAUUUACGAGGAUUCUCUUAUCACCUCGUCAACAUGCGCACAUCGAAGCAGGUCGCCCAUAUUGUGCCCGAAAUUCUAACUCCGGUAGAGGCCGUCGAAGAAGAAAGCAAGGGGGGCUGGAUCCCUCCUUCCUCCAUGUGGAUAAGUGAUCCGUCUGCGUACAAGAAUAUGCAUGAUGUUGCAGAUGUGAUGAUAGCCACAGGAUUGAUGGUACUAGUUGAUGAUUGCAUUCGCCGCCGGUGGCAUCGAACCGGGCCUUGCCAGUUCAUCCUCCCGAUGCGAUCUUCGUUGUCAAAAGGCAUGGGGUUAAUAGGUCCCAGACGACUGAUUGAUGAAGUGUUACAUCGAUCCUAG